UGUUUCAAGGCGUGACAAGAAAGGUAAGCUCAGGACGUUCUCUGUAUCCAGUCCUUUUCAGUCGAACUUACUCAGGUUCUAAAACAUGCUCCUAAGAAAAAAGAGCACAUUGCAAAGGUAGUAAAUCGGUGGUAAUCUUAUGCAGCUUUAAGGUUCGUCAAUAUCUGGAUGAAUAUGGAAGAGUAUAUGUAGUGACUCUGCAAAAUCCUCGCACCCAAAAAGUUUCCGAAAUACGAAAAAGCAUGGUGAAAAUCAAGCUUCUAUUUGGUGUCAACAAGGUGACGACUUUGGCGUUGGGUAAAACUCAUGAAGAUAGUUAUCGACCAAAAUUGCACCUUUUAUCCAAAUAUCUUAAGGGACAGUGUGCCCUCCUAUUUUCACGAUCAUCGCCUUCGGAAUUACGUGAGCAGCUUGAUGCGUUCCGGUCGUCAGAAUACAGUAGACCAGGUGUACUUGCUGAGCAGACUGUCUGGAUUGCAUCUGGUCCGUUGCCCAAAUUUCCUCACUCUAUGGAGCCUGUUUUGCGCCAGUUAGGAAUGCCUGUGAAACUAGUCAAAGGUGUUGUUCAUUUGGAGAGAGAGUAUCUUGUGUGCCGCAGAGAGGAUGUACUUUCACCUGAACAGUGUCGUAUUCUAAAGUUAUUUCAAAUUGAAAUCUCCGAAUUUCGCGUUGGCCUGCUUGCAGUUUGGACAGACGGUGAGGGGGUCGAAGAGUUAACAGAAAAAGAUAGUUGUAUGAUGCGCACUUCGCUCCAUCCUGAAGUUCUUGUUGUUUGUAAACAGUUAGAUGAUGGUUUGUAUUACUUUAUUCCGCAACCAUAUGAAAAUAAAGGCGAAUCACUUGUUAACGAAGCUAUGGAAGAGGACUAAUACUUUUCUAAAUAUAUAAUUGUAGAUACUAUUGUGAAUAAUUUUUUAAGUCAUUCGAGAUAAGGUUUGCGAUGAAAUAUAAGGUUAUUCUGUGCC